GUGGAUUCAGCCUCGACCCGACUCGGUUCGGAUCGACUGGCCAGACUCCAGGAUUCAAGAACCCUCCGCAAACGCUCAACAUUACACGUCAGCGCCAUCUCUUUCGACCUUCCUGUCCACAAUAGCUCUGGAGCGGACCUUUUUUCCCCCUGCAUUUGCGCGUGUUGGUGCCUACUCAGAUUGCAUUCGAGCCCUAGAAAAUCCCGUCGAACAAUGCCGCCCGCCCUGCGAUACCUACACGUCUUUUAAUGCGGCUGCCCCAGCAUUGCAGCAUUUUGGAUCCCCAGUCGUGACCCGUGCCCGUCUCGAAAGGAAACUCCCCGAAGCCGAUCGACUCGGCCGGCGAGGUCCCUCUCGAACCCUUCGGCGCAACCUUUGAGCUCCCCGGUCUUGAUCUCGCGAGAACAUGGACAGAUUCACUGGAGACUCCCCAAGCCUGCCAAUCUUCAACGAGUCGAGCAAAUCCAUCGAAUUAUCUCCCUGGGCCGACGCCGAUCGGUCACGUUCCAGAUCCCCAGGAUAUCCGCGCACAACGUCGGCGCAGUCUAGGGGCGUCGCCGACGAGUUCUCCUGCCUGACUGCCGCCCAAAGUGCCUCGCGCCUCAGGACAUCCCUGACAAAUGGCCUCACGCCCGCAGAAGCCUUGUCGCGACUGAGAGACUUCGGACCCAAUGAAAUACCCCACGAGCCUCCCGAGCCGUUGUGGCUUCGAUUCCUAGGUCAAUUCAAAGAGCCCUUGAUUCUUCUCCUCCUUGCUUCCGCCGGGGCUUCUGUUCUCGUGGGAAAUGUGGACGAUGCCGUCAGUAUAACCAUCGCUGUAACUAUUGUUGUCAGCGUCGGGUUUGUGCAGGAAUACCGGUCCGAAAAGUCCAUCGAGGCCCUCAACCAUCUUGUCCCGAACCAUGCGCACUUGAUCAGGAGCAUGCCGGCCAAGACGGGCUCUGGCCCCAAGACACCGACAUGGCAACCGGCUGGCGAAGAUGGACUGGAAGAGGACGGGUCGUCAGGCGCCCCCACGCCAGCCGAAGAGGUUCUUGAAGCCACAUCCUCCAAAGUCAUGGCCGGGACCUUGGUACCAGGGGAUCUGGUCAUGUUCACGACGGGCGACCGCAUCCCAGCCGAUCUGCGCGUAACAAAAGCCGCCGACUUGACCGUCGAUCUAUCCAACCUCACUGGAGAGACCGAGCCGAUCAAAGUGACUGCCGAGCCACGGUCCCGCGCUGCGGUGGCGUCGGUGGCUCAAGGAACGUCUACUCUGCAGCUGCCGGCUCCGACUUUUGCCAGCUCAUCGGAAGGCUUGGUUGAUAAACCCAGCCAGGACUCGAACGAAGCUCAGAAUAUUGCGUAUAUGGGGACCUUGGUGAAAUCUGGUCACGGCCAGGGCGUGGUCUUCGCGACGGGCGGGGACACUCAAUUGGGCACCAUUGCCACGAGCGUUACCGACACCGAGAGCCCUCGCUCUCCUCUCCAGCUCUCCAUGGAUGAGCUUGGCUCGCAGCUGAGCAAGUUCUCAUUCGUGGUCAUAGGGCUGAUAUCCAUCGCUGGCUGGUUUCAGGGUAAAAAGCUUCUUGACAUAUUCACCAUCUCCAUAUCACUCGCCGUCGCCGCAAUCCCCGAAGGACUACCGAUCAUUGUCACUGUUACGCUUGCUCUUGGUGUGCAUCGGAUGGCCCGUCACAACGCCAUCGUUCGCAAAAUGCCCAAAGUUGAGACGCUGGGGUCUGUGAACGUGGUCUGCUCAGACAAGACCGGUACACUCACGAUGAAUCAUAUGACAAGUUCGAAGAUGUGGUAUUUUGGUGCGAAGGAUGUCGUUGAUGUCGACUCAGAUGACGAAGUCACAGACGUCACUCCUGACGCCGCAACACUGCGCAUUCUACGCAUUGGCAACAUCGCCAAUGAUGGGCGCCUAGCCAGGCGGUACACGGAGAACGGAGCUGCAGCCAAGGCCGUACUUUCUUCGACUCUAGGCCGGGAUGAGCCUUCGACCUACACACGCUGGGUUGGCCAGCCCACCGACGUCGCUAUGCUUGACUUGCUAGACAGGUUCCGUGAGCACGAUGUACGCGAAUCGAUUGGAACUCGGACGUCAGAGACGCCCUUCAGCUCAGAGAGGAAAUGGAUGGGCGUCACAAUUGGGUCUGACAAGAGCGAAAAGGAGUUCGCUUAUAUGAAGGGGGCUCUGGAACGAGUCCUAGAAGCAUGUGACAGUUACAUGUCGAAAGAUGGCCGGGAAUUUGUUCUGGAUUCAUCUCGCAAACAGGAGAUCCAACAGGCUGCGGACGCCAUGGCUGUGAAGGGGCUCCGGAUCAUCGCAUUUGCCAGUGGACCUGUCAACAGGUCUGGCAGGAGCAAGUCCAACGGAGUACCCUCCAGGAGUGGGACUCCCGGGAAUGAUGGAAGCGCCAGCCCCCGGCUUCAAGAGGACGAGACUGUAUACAAAAGUCUUACAUUCGCCGGUUUGGUCGGCAUGAGUGAUCCACCGAGACCUGGCGUUGGCCGGUCCAUCAGAAGACUCAUGCGUGGAGGUGUCAAGGUGAUCAUGAUCACAGGCGACGCGGAGACCACGGCAAUGGCGAUUGGCAAGCAACUCGGAAUGGAGAUUGCUGCCCCUCGGGAGCACGGCCCAGGCCAGGUCUCGGUCAAACCGGUCCUGACCGGCAGCGACGUGGACAAGUUGUCCGAGGAAGACCUUGCACAGGCGAUGCAGAACACCACCAUCUUCGCUCGUACUACUCCCGACCACAAACUCAAGAUUAUAAGGGCUCUCCAAUCGCGCGGGGACAUUGUUGCAAUGACCGGGGACGGUGUCAAUGACGCACCGGCGCUGAAGAAGGCGGACAUUGGCAUUGCGAUGGGCAAGAACGGGACUGACGUGGCAAAGGAGGCCGCAGACAUGAUCUUGACCGACGACGACUUCUCCACCAUCCUGAACGCCAUCGAGGAGGGCAAGGGCAUCUUCAACAACAUCCAGAACUUCCUGACCUUCCAACUGAGCACAAGCGCAGCUGGCCUUUCCCUGGUCUUGAUUUGCACCAUUCUGGGAUUCAAGUCCCCACUGAACGCGAUGCAAAUCCUCUGGAUCAAUAUCAUCAUGGAUGGCCCUCCGGCGCAAUCCUUGGGCGUCGAGCGCGUUGACCCCGAUGUAAUGAAGCGACCGCCGCGCCGGCGCGGCGCACCGGUACUGACGCGGGCGCUCAUCCAACGGGUGGCGCAGGCAGCCUUCAUCGUGAUGCUGGGGACGAUGCUGGUGUACACGCACGAGAUGCUCGGGGACGGCGAGGUGACGCGGCGCGACACGACCAUGACGUUCACAUGUUUCGUGCUCUUCGACAUGUUCAACGCGCUGGCGUGCCGGUCCGAGUCCAAAUCUGUACUGCGCGGCGAGGUCGGGCUGUUCUCCAACACGCUCUUCAACUGGGCCGUGUCGAUGAGCCUGGUGGGCCAGCUGCUCGUCAUCUACUUCCCCUGGCUGCAGGAGGUGUUCCAGACCGAGGCCCUUGGCUUCUAUGACCUGGUCGGCCUGGUCAUGCUCUGCAGCACCGUCUUCUGGGCGGACGAGGCGAGAAAGUGGUGGAAGUACGGCAAGAAACGGCUCGGGACUGGAUACAGCCAGGCUGUGUGAGAGGGGCGUUCACCCCCCUAUUUAGUUGUACUAUGCAUGGCGUAGCGCUUGUAUAUACAUUUUGUAGAGGCAUUGUAAUAGACCACAUAUGUACUAUG